UUCGCGCGUUAGUCGACACCUACGCCCGUCGCCACACGAACGAUAAACUACCUAAAAUCCGAAUAAACUCAAUUUAAAUAACGUUUACAUGACAAAGGAAUCUAAAUGUUUUGUGCGGGUACAAUGCCCAAUGUUUGUGAAUGGUUUCAAGUGAACGAAGAGUUUUGGCGGGAAAAGGUGACAGCGAGUUUGACGGAUGAUAUCUCGACCGUUCAGCGCAUAUAGAACAAAGCAUGGCGUGGCGCGGCGGUGCGCGGCGCUAGCCUGGACCCAUGGGCAAGACCUCCGGGGGGCGCCCCGACACCGGCGUCCGCGCGCAGCGGUUCCAUAGCAGAAGAGAGUCAGGUGUCGCGUGGGGCCGUCGCAGCCGCUCGGGCGGCGCGUGCGGCGGCGCGGGCGCGCGCUCGGCCGGGCUGAGCGCGGCCGCGGGCGCAGCCGGGGCGUGGCGCCGGCGCGAGCGCGCCGCGCAGCCGCGUAGGCCCAUGGAGAUCCUCACUAGCAUCUACGCUUUGCUGUCUGGCGGGCAAGGGGUGAAUCCGAAAAUCGACUCUGUGGCAUUUCGACUGCACUGCGGGGCGACUACAGCUGCGCUGUUGGCGGCUAGCGCGGCGCUCACCACGCGACAUCUAGUGGGCAACCCCAUAGACUGCAUUCAUACGAGGGACAUACCAGAAGAUGUUCUGAACACCUACUGCUGGAUCCACUCGACGUUCACGGUCGCGGGCGAGGCGGGGGCGUACCCGGGGGUGCGGGGGGCGGGCACCUCCCCCAGGAGGUACGGCAAGUACUACCAAUGGGUGGCUUUCACGCUGUUCUUUCAGACAUAG